AUGUAUUGCAUCGUGUGUGGCAGUGUGCGCUCUGCCCCUUGUACCCCUGCCCAGUGUGAUGGUGAGCUGUGCCCUGCGGAGGGGGCGCCACCCUGUGGUCGUGGCGAGAGUUGCAUUGGGGCUCUGCCUCUGGGGACCCGAGCUGUGAGGGAUGCUGAGGAGGUAAAGGACAGACUGCAGCAGCUCAAUGGGAAGAUCACACAGGCUGCUGCACAGAUCCAGAAAACACAGGACACGGUCAAUAUGGUCAGACAGUCCACGGACGAUCUGGCCAAUCAGAUGAGGCGGGCCAGGGAUGACUUGGAGGCAGAUCUGCAGGAGACAAGAUACUUUGUUAAAGAGCUGAAGGACUUCCUGUCAGACCCUUUGUCAGACCCGACAGACAUCAGCACGGUGAGUGAAUGGAUCUUGAACGCAAAGCUGCCUCUCAGUCUGGCAGCUCUGAAGAGGAAGCUUCAGGAGAUCAGAGCCCUGGCGGCAGGACUCCCAGACAGCAAAGCAGUUCUGGACCAGGCUGGACCACAGCUCGACACCGCCCGGCGCCUGCUACAGGAGGCCCAGGACGCUAGGGAUGCUGGGCUGGGUGUGAAGGAUGAUGUUGACGGGCUGCUGGAUGGCUUCACCGCCGUGGAGGGCUCCCUCUCUGGCCUGAACGACAAAGUGCAGGACAGCCUGGACAUAGUGGAAGACAUCAGCAACAGUCUCACACAGACCAAGGCCCAGUUGACUCCCGCGGUGAAGGCUCUAGGGGAGGCGUCUGCCCUGGCUGAGGGGAUGAAACCUGAGCUGGAGGGGCUCAAGGCGCUGGUGCGCUCUGGAGAUCUGCUGGCCCAGAAUGCUAAGGGAGAGGCCAAUAAGGCUAACAAGGAGGCAGAUUCUGCGACCAGGGACCUGGCGUCCCUGGAGAAGCAGCUGGAGCAGCUGCGUGCUGCAGAGAGGACCAGUGGUCAUGGCGAUGGGACGGGGACGACAGGUGAGCGUCUCCGGAAGCUGCAGGAGGAGGCUGGUUCUCUGGCCCAGGACACUGGAGACAUGAUGAAGGCACUAGCAGGUAAAGCAGACUCUCUGCAUAGUCUACAGGAUGAGGUCCUACUGAAGUCCCAGAGGCUGACCGGUCUGGACGGCAAACUGCGGGAACUCCUGGCUGACAUGAGACAGAAGGUCAAGAURUUCUCCACCUGCCAGGGCUGAGAGGUAAAAGGGCAGAGGUCAUCCUCAAAUAGCCUGUUCAUUGAGAUAGAGGAGCGAUGUUAUUUAUUUUGUCCCAUUUUGUAGAAUAAAUGUCCCAAUAAAUAUAUUUUUCAUGACGUUGAGUUUCCCUUAUUGUGUGGUUUUUAACUUUAUCCUACGACAUCCCAGUGACAUCAUUAGGCCUGUGAUUUCUGGGGCUGCAGCCCUGAAUGUUUUUGGUCCAGCCCGAACCUUUUGAUGGUAAAACACAUUUGGUUUAAGAUGGCACACGGAGAAAGAGAUGGUAUACGUUUUAUCCUAUUGGGGGGAGUGGGCAAAAAUAAAUAGACGUCAUUUGGGUAGGGUGUAGUCUUGGGUAGAUUUCGACUAUGCCAUGUUGUCUUCAGGAGAUUUUCUCUUUCCUUCACAUUAGCUGACGUAAGAUAGUGGAACAAUUCCUAUUCCUUAUGAUGUGCUAUCAUGUUAUAGGAUAAUGAGUGUGUUUGUCAGCAAGAACAGUACUGUUAUUCCUCAUCAAUCUUUUAUUAUUACACUUCCCAAUUUUGCUGGUGUAACUACUUAUUUGAAAUCUAAUAUGCCUAAAUUAGAAGAGACUUUCCAUGUUUGUCAGCAUUCAUGUGGGUAUAUACGCUAUGUCAUGGUCAUGUUGAUUGUAAGUCAUAAAAACGAAAAUAGCCAAUAUUGAAAUGCCUGUUACAUCAAUUAUUAUUAUAUGUAUUUUAGUAGUGUACACAAGCUGCUAGGCAGUGAUGGUAAGGGGACUCUCAAUAGCUCAUAAACGCAAACGAUCUUGCCCAUGUAUUGUAAGAUGACAAGAGUCUGCAACUAGUCAGCCCCACCACCUAUAGAUUUUUCUUGAUUGUGGGAUGACUUGAAGAAAUUAAUUGUUAUAGCAUAAACAUUUUCAAACCCCCUGCACUUGGGAAACAUACCCCCCGCAGGAAUUUCUUUCUUCAAGCUGUAUUUUAAAGGGAUAGUUCACCCACGUUGUAGAAAAGGCUCUCAUUUGUAAUAUACUUUUUAGGGAACUGUCCCUUUAAUUACACUUUUUUUUGUUAACUUUGCCUUUAACUGCAGACACUUCUGAGCCAUCACAAUGUAUGUUAAUAUAGGCUUUUGGGCACUGGAUACCUCUAUACGUCUCUAUGCUUUUUAUUGUUUGGAUUUGUGUGUGUUUUGUAUUGUUGGUAUUGCUGCACUGCUUGAGCUAGAAAUCUGCGAUAACAUGUGUACACGACCAAUAACGUUUGAUUUGAUUUUGUUCUGAGCAACCAAUUCCCUUAUUAAAUACCUGAGUUCCCUUUGUCUUUAGUUCAGUACCAAAUAACUCAUGCCUCUUGAAAAUACUCUCCAGCGUUUAUCCCUUUUCGUUUCUGUUAUCUAUGCAUCCAAUACCCAACAUUGUUUCCAUUUUACUUUGUUUCAUGUGUGAAUAUAUGAGCGUUUAAUGAUGCGCUGUCGUAUCAGUAGUGGUAGACUGUUGAGUUGUUGCAGCAUGUUGCAUAUGGACAUUAAUUCAGAUAUUUUGUAUAUCCUUCAGAGAGUGAUGAUACUGACAUGGAAAUAAUGGGUAUGAUAAUUAUGUUCAUGUUUAUUCUUUAUAUGAAAUUUCCUAAAACAUGUUUUGCUUUCUAUUUGUUUAUUUUUAGCACACAAGGUCAAUAAUGGAUUAUGAUUUAUUGGCGAAAAUAAACGGGAGCUGCAGCUCUCUA